GCCAGUAUUAUUUAGACGCUGUUAAAUUAAAUUUGAUGAAUGUUUUGUUACUACUAUUGGUAAAUUUUAAUAAACCGACUAAAUAAAACGUAACGCGUCGCUAAACCUCGCGCAUAGGUUAGCGUGUGUUUCCUGAGCUCUGCAGUGAGAGUGUGUGAGUGUCGGGUAAAUAGGCGCUCGUGCUGUGAUGGGGGGAUGGGAUGGGGCCACUCAGAGCUCUCGUGCUCCACUAACUCAGCGCGCUCAUUAAUCGCAGUUUUCUCCUCUUUAUCGAUGCUGUUUUAAAAUAAAAUUCAUCUUUCCCGUUACCGCAUGUGUUACGAGGCAUCAGGAGAGCAAAAAGUGUCGGCCUGCGAUUGAAUUUCGGUGCAGAAAGCGUUUAAAAUGUAUCCCAUUGGAGCAGCUGGUGCUGCUGAGCUGUGUCAGUCCUCAGGGUCAGAUGUUUCUGCUCCCGUGUCUCCUCCAGCACCAGAGUAUGUCUUCAAACCACCUCAACGGCCAGACUUUGGCACAAUGGGCAGGACAAUCAAGCUUCAAGCCAACUUCUUUGAAAUGGAAAUUCCCAAGUUGGAGGUGUACCAUUAUGACAUAGACAUCAAGCCUGAGAAAUGCCCACGCAGAGUUAACCGUGAAAUUGUUGAGCACAUGGUCCAGCACUUUAAGACGCAGAUCUUUGGAGAUCGAAAGCCUGUGUAUGAUGGAAGGAAGAAUCUCUACACUGCCAUGCCUUUACCCAUUGGAAGAGACAAAGUGGAGCUGGAGGUCACAAUUCCAGGGGAGGGAAAAGACAGGAGCUUUAAAGUAGCUAUAAAGUGGGUGUCGUGUGUGAGUCUGCAAGCUCUACACGAAGCACUGUCUGGACGGCUACCAAACAUCCCUUUUGAGACCAUUCAGGCUCUGGACGUUGUCAUGAGACAUUUGCCCUCUAUGAGGUACACCCCAGUCGGACGUUCGUUCUUCACUCCUUCUGAGGGCUGCUCCAACCCCCUCGGUGGAGGAAGAGAAGUUUGGUUUGGUUUCCAUCAGUCUGUUCGACCAUCCCUCUGGAAGAUGAUGCUCAACAUUGAUGUGUCCGCCACUGCGUUUUACAAAGCUCAACCUGUGAUUGAGUUCAUGUGUGAGGUUUUGGAUUUUAAAAGCAUCGAAGAGCAACAGAAGCCCUUAACAGAUUCCCAGAGAGUGAAGUUUACUAAGGAGAUUAAAGGUUUGAAGGUUGAAAUAACUCACUGUGGACAGAUGAAGAGGAAAUACAGGGUGUGUAAUGUGACUAGGAGACCAGCAAGCCAUCAAACGUUUCCCUUGCAGCAAGAGAAUGGUCAGACCAUUGAAUGCACUGUCGCACAAUACUUCAAGGAUAAGUACAAACUGGUGCUGCGAUACCCACAUCUCCCAUGUUUACAAGUUGGUCAGGAGCAGAAACACACCUACCUUCCGCUGGAGGUCUGUAACAUAGUAGCCGGACAGAGAUGCAUCAAGAAACUGACAGACAAUCAGACCUCCACUAUGAUACGUGCCACAGCCAGGUCUGCGCCUGACCGUCAGGAUGAGAUCAGCAAACUGAUGAGAAGUGCCAACUUCAACACCGAUCCUUAUGUGCGUGAGUUUGGAGUCAUGGUAAGAGACGAGAUGACUGAGGUCAAUGGUCGGGUCCUUCAGGCACCUUCGAUUCUCUAUGGUGGAAGGAACAAAGCAAUAGCAACCCCAGUCCAGGGUGUGUGGGACAUGAGGAACAAGCAGUUCCACACAGGGAUUGAGAUCAAAGUGUGGGCUAUUGCCUGCUUCGCCCCACAGAGGCAGUGUACAGAACUCCUUCUGAAGGCAUUCACUGACCAGCUUCGUAAAAUCUCACGUGAUGCUGGGAUGCCCAUUCAGGGCCAGCCGUGUUUUUGCAAAUAUGCCCAGGGAGCAGACAGUGUGGAGCCCAUGUUCAAACACCUAAAGUACACUUACCAAGGCUUACAGUUGGUGGUGGUUAUCCUACCUGGGAAGACCCCUGUUUAUGCUGAGGUGAAGCGUGUUGGAGACACUGUUCUUGGCAUGGCUACGCAGUGUGUCCAGGUGAAGAAUGUACAGAAGACCACACCUCAGACCCUUUCUAACCUCUGCCUCAAGAUUAAUGUCAAACUGGGUGGAGUCAACAACAUUCUUCUUCCACAGGGCAGGCCCUUGGUGUUUCAGCAACCAGUCAUCUUUCUGGGUGCAGAUGUGACUCAUCCACCAGCUGGAGAUGGCAAGAAACCUUCAAUUGCUGCUGUAGUUGGCAGUAUGGAUGCCCACCCAAGCCGUUACUGUGCCACGGUGCGAGUGCAACAGCACCGUCAGGACAUCAUUCAGGAUCUGGCCACCAUGGUGAGAGAGCUGCUCAUCCAGUUCUACAAAUCCACACGCUUCAAACCAACACGCAUAAUCUACUACAGAGAUGGCAUCUCGGAGGGCCAGUUCAACCAGGUUCUACAGCAUGAACUGCUGGCUAUCCGUGAGGCCUGCAUCAAACUAGAGAAAGAUUAUCAACCAGGAAUCACAUUUGUAGUAGUGCAGAAGAGACACCACACCAGGCUCUUCUGCAUGGACAGGAAUGAACGGGUUGGAAAGAGUGGCAACAUCCCUGCUGGCACCACAGUUGACACCAAAAUUACUCACCCAUCUGAGUUUGACUUUUAUCUUUGCAGUCAUGCCGGAAUUCAGGGAACCAGCAGGCCGUCCCACUAUCAUGUGCUGUGGGAUGACAACCAUUUCACCUCUGAUGAGCUGCAGGUCCUCACAUACCAGCUGUGCCACACCUACGUGCGCUGCACCCGCUCUGUCUCCAUUCCUGCACCAGCCUAUUACGCCCACCUGGUGGCAUUCCGUGCCCGUUACCACUUGGUUGACAAAGAACAUGACAGUGCUGAAGGCAGUCACACAUCAGGUCAGAGUAACGGCAGAGACCAGCAAGCCCUGGCCAAAGCUGUGCAGAUCCACCAGGACACACUGCGCACCAUGUACUUCGCCUGAACAUAGCCAGAAACAAGCCCCACAUCCUGAAAACAGCACGGUGGUGUGUGUGUGUGUGUGUGUGUGUGCGUGUGUGUAUUUUUAUGUGUUUGCCUCAUUUGUAUAAUGACCUUCAAUAACCUUCAAAUGGGGGAAAAAACAAGAAUCGCCAUGCUGUUAGGCUUCCAAUUGUCCAUGUAGUCAAUUUCCAAACAUCCUAAAUAUCCAUGAAUUUUAGAACUGUAACUUAUUAAUUUAUCUUUUUAUCUUUUUUUUUUGUUUGUUUUUUUGUUUUUUGUUUUUAGAUCGUUGGGCAUGGUUGUGUAUCUGUUGUACAUGUGCAUGCCAGAUUAGAGGUUAACAUGUUUACAUAGUCAAUCCAAAAAUUCAAACUAUUUUUUACACUGAAAGCUACAUUUGCAUCCGGGUGGGCUUGAUUCAAUACUAUUGCCAAGGCUGGUGAUGGAGACUGAACAGUAGUUUUUACGAACUCAUCAAACCAAUGGAUUCGGGUUAGUUUAGGACAACACAGAUCAGGUUAAGGGGUUGUGGGGGAUGCAGUUUCCACAGCUAAAUUAUUUAUCAGCAAAAGCAAGUGCACUGACCAGAAGAGAACUUCAGGACAAAAGUACUUAUCCUGUUUUGUUUCAUUUAUUUGUGCUAAUAUGAUUUUUUUUUUUUUUUUAUAGUGGUGUCAUUUAUUGUUUAGUCCAGGGCUCAGUCAACCUACUGUACCUGUCCGUGUCCGCCAAUGGCAUGAUUAACCAAGUGCUAUCAUGUGCUUGUGUCAGAAAAUUUGAACACAGUGAGUGCAGAAUCAAGAACGUGUUUGUAAGCGAGAAUGUAGGAAUUGUUCUGACAAUCAGUUUUCUGGCGCUCUUGCCGCUCAUUUGAGGCUGGUUCUCAUCAGUGACGCCCUCCGUUUACCUGUGACAGGGUUCUCGGUGCAGAAAUAGCUUUCUAAUAUGGAUAAUUGUCCUGUAAAGUACUAAUAUUUUAGGACUCCAAGCAUUUAGAUUAUGAGAUUAUCUUGUUACGUACUUUAAAAUCUGCCGCCAUGAGAAUUUUCUGAUUUGUCGGAUGUGAUUGUAACAACCUAAGGUUUGGUGAGUGGGUGUAUGAGUUAUAUUUCUUUCAAAUCAAAAUUGGAUCACAUUUUAAGCACCUAUUGUGAAAUUUUUAAUUUUAACGUUGUGAAAAAUAUUCCCCACAUCGAAACAUGAGGCAGUUUUGUGCUGAAUAUUGGGGAAUCUGGUUUGCUUGGUUCUGUGUGCCGUUUCCAACGGUGAAGUUUGACUGUACUAUGCUGACUAGGUUUAAACGCUGUCGUCGCACUCCAGCUUUACAGGCAAUCGAGACUUUUUAAGAUUAAUACAGAUAUCAAUUGCAUUGUUCACAGAGACACAACGAGGUCAGUGAAAAUUUCAUAAUUUCUAAUGCACCUUAGUUUUUUUUUUUUUUUUUAAUCUCUAGCUUAUAACCAUUUCCAUGAGAAUAUUUCCGAUCCCUUUUUAAUAUUUUUUUUUUUUUUCUUUUUUCUUUUUAGAUAUAUAAACUUAAAUCGCGUGAAAUUCCUUUUGUAGAGUCACAGGGUUAGAGAGUGGUCGUUAGCUUUUUAUUGUUUAACUGAACAGGAACAUUUAUUUAGUGCGAAUCGAUCCAGACUUAGUUCAAAUUGAAGCGCAAUACAUUGUAUAUGUGUCGGUAAACUGUUUUCAUGUAAACAGUCCUACGCCUUCUGAAGCAUAUCAUGAUGUGUAGUGAUUGAUCUAUUGAGUCUUGUUAGUUAAUUAACUGUAAGAUCACUUCCCCAAAAUAAUGUUUCAAUUUUAACUUGAAAUUCUUGGGAAUUUUUAACCAUCUUUUUCUAACUAUGCAUUCUUAACCAAGAGAUUUUAGUGGUAUGUUUGUGUAUAUGAAUUAUGAAUUUAGAACAUUUGUAAUGUAGUCGUUUUCAUGCUGGGUACUUUUAGUAGUGUAAAUAGUGCAAAACCUGUACCCACUGUAGCAGUAUUAGCUUACAAAAUACUCUAUUUUUAUUAUCAACAAUUGGAUGUUCUUUAUAUGGCUCUCAAUUAUUCCUGUUAGCCGAACAAGAUUACAUAUGUACUUGUAGUUAAUGUCCUACCAUAACUGAAGCACAACAGGACAUUAUAAUUGUAGGUGCUAGAGUUUUAUUCUUGAGACUACCAUUUUUUAUUUUAUUUUUUUUUUUUUUUUAAUCUUGUUUAACUUCACCUUCUAAACAAGAAUCAUAGACUGGUCAGAGAGCAUAAUGGGUAUGUUUGGUUUUCGAUCUGGUGAAAUCUAUGACAUUUGACCCUGCAACUUUUUGCCAUUUUCUAAACCCAACAGACUGUGUUUAAGGGGCAUUUUAAUUUAUCUUCAAAUACUUGACUAGAGUUAUGGUAUUGUUUGGCGCUGGUCUCGUAACUCGUGAAAGUAGAUGCACUUUGAAGAGCAAUGGACACAUACCCCUAGUUCCGGUGGUUAUCUGGAUCAUAAGUACGUUAUCUGGGUGCAGUUGUGUGGAAAUGACUAGAUGUCCUACCUCUUGUUACCUGUUACUUGUGUUAUGGUAACAUUACCGCACUGGUCAUUUCCUCAUAAUUGCAUGAGUGGGGAACGUCGUCUUUUCAUCCCUCUGAAAGUGAAAGUGGAAGAAAAUCUAUUCAUAUUUGUUCAGAGGCCAUACCUGCUGCCAUUUUGCCUAGAUUAUUUAGCAUUGCUAUUGUUUUAUGGUAGUUUUAAGCUAUGUAUUCAAAGCUAAAGUUGAGUGCUGCGAGCUUGAGAUGUCAAACAUUUGAUGUUUCAUAAGUCAUACAUGAAUCCAAAAGAAUAGUAUAUACUUUCAGUGAUUAAGUGGCUUAAGGCAUUACAUGUACGCCAUAAGCUAUAAAAAUGCUCAUGAAUUUAUAGUGUGAAUUCCAGUUUUACCAUUUUCUGUCCUUUUUUUCAAUUGCAGAGCAUUGUCGCUUUAUCCAUGUACUCAUUUGAAUGUGCGUCACGUAGCUUUUAUGUUUUUCUUAACUUUAGGUUUGAAUAAUAGUAUUUAUCAUUUAGCAUCAGAAAGAUGAGGUGAAAUUAUUGCUCAAACUACUACUACUCUGGACAAUCUGAUUUUUUUUUUUUUUUUUUGGUAGAAACCAUUCUUUUUGUCCUCAUGGCAUGCUUUAGUUAGAUGUUUGCAGAAGUUACUGAGUUUUUAGUAUUUUAACCUUUUUAAAAUCAGCACCUUAGUCAAAGGUCUACAACAUAUGCAAUUUCUCAAAUAUGAAAUACGAGAUGUUUUUGCACUAUAUCAGAAGAGGUGUUACUAAUUUACAUGCUGGUGGACAGAUUGUAAGGUUAGAGAGAAGAACCAUCAAUUUUAGACAAGUCUUGGCCUUGUUUCUUUGUUCAUAUACAAUCACAUUGGCACUAAUCUAUUAAUAGUUGACAGAUGUGAGAAGGUCUUGAGUUCUUACACUAUGCAAAAACUCAUUUCCAUUCUGAGCAGCCACUGUUUUUAUAUAUGGGGGUCAAAUUGUUGGAAUUAAUUUUUUUUCUGUAAAAUCAGUCAGGCAUACCAAAUUGAGUUAGGGACUUUGAGUGAACCCAAGUCCCAUUUGUUUUAAUUUCCACUUUUCACUAUACAAUCAACUGACUUUUUUUAAUGAGAACAUAAGGAAUCUGAUGCAAAUAUUUAAUAAAAGUAAUUCCGUUCAAAUAUCGCGAAUGCAAAUGUAAUAGAGGCCAAGGAUGAAUGAAGUACGCUGCUGGUUUUUAGAGACCAUCGCGUUCAUCUAUGCUGCAGCAUCUCUCUUUCAGAUUUAAAGAGGAACAUACAGCGUUUCAAUUCACUGUACACAUACAGUGAAUUGAAACGGUGCCUCGGUUUCCUUGAAAGCUUUGAAUGAUCUACCGAUGUUAUGACAUUAACGUUUAAUGGAUGUCUCUUGCGUCAUCAUUUCUAGAGUAUUCUCUUUUGCUGCUUGUAUAUUGCUUGAAGUUUUUCCAGCUCUGUGUGGGGUUACAGUGUCCACAUGUCUCUUCGCUUUACAUGUUAUGGUUUGAAUAAAACUAGUCAGUUUAGCUUUGAUUCUUAGUUUGUGCCCCAACAAUUUUCAGAUUUAAAUUGCAGAAACAUUUUUAUUCGUGUCAGACAAAAACGUCUCAUUAAAAGAAUUGUGCCCCCCCAGCUUGAGGUGG